ACAUAGAGUUAAUGACGUCAAAGGGAUUUUCCCGAGUAGGUUUCAUUGAUGAGUCAUCCAGAAGAAAUGAUCUCCUGAGUGUAGUCAUUUGUACUAACGGUAGAGGCAGUUAGCAAACGGAUUGUCCAAGAAAUAUUCUACAUUUAGGACAAGAUCCCGAAAUCAAAAUCUCUACAGAUGAACGAAUUAAAGCAGAUUUAUUACCGUUGAUAAUUCAAGAUGGCGGAUUCUCAAAAACCGCCUGGCGAUGGGCAAGGAAAAGAUGACCUUACAUUAUUUGCAAGAAAACCGAGGCAACCAUUUGCUCUGGGUGCCUCACAUGUGAAACAUGUCCAAAGUGUUCCCAAUGUUAGACAUCUGGGCUUUUCAGGAAAAGAUGACCUUACAUUAUUUGCAAGAAAACCGAGGCAACCAUUUGCUCCGGGUGCCUCACAUGUGAAACAUGUGCAAAGUGCUCCCAAUGUUAGACAUCUGGGCUUUUCAGAUAAUUCCCUUGGGAUUAGAUCCCGGCUUCAGUUAAAUUUUAAAUCACAAUUAGACAAUCAAAAUGGCGGCUCGGCACCCACUCUCAAAAAGCUUGGAUAUAUGACACAGAUAGAACGGUUACGUUCACACGGUGGCCUAGAGUCAUCUGGGAAGCUACAGGUCAAAGAUAAGAGUUAUAAUUUCACAGCAGAUGAUUUAAAGGAUCUAGGGGAGAUAGGGCGAGGAAAUUAUGGAACUGUGAAUAAAAUGUUACAUGAGAAAAGUGAAACUAUAAUGUCAGUCAAAAGGAUACGUUCAGUGGUCGAUGAGAAGGAACAAAGACAAAUGCUGAUGGAACUAGAUGCUGUGAUGAGAAGUAAUGACUGUCCGUAUAUAGUGCAAUUUUAUGGUGCCCUCUUUAAAGAGUUUAAUGGUGGCCUCUUUAAAGAGGGUGAUUGUUGGAUUUGUAUGGAGUUAAUGGACAUAUCAUUAGACAAGUUUUAUAAAUUUACAUAUGGUCACUUAAAGUCCUCCAUACCGGAGGAAAUCUUAGGCAAAAUAACCGUAGCAACUGUCAAAGCUUUAAAUUAUUUAAAGGAAAAGUUAAAAAUCAUCCAUAGAGAUGUAAAGCCAUCCAAUAUAUUAUUGGACCGAAAAGGAAAUAUUAAAUUAUGUGAUUUUGGCAUUAGUGGUCAGCUGGUUGACUCAAUAGCCAAAAGUCGGGACGCCGGAUGCAGGCCAUACAUGGCGCCCGAAAGAAUAGAUCCUCAUCACUCAAGUCGAGGAUAUGAUGUACGAUCUGAUAUAUGGAGUUUAGGGAUCACCCUGAUGGAGUUAGCCACAGGGAGGUUCCCGUACCCCAAAUGGAAUAGUGUUUUUGAUCAGUUAACUCAAGUUGUUCAAGGUCCCGCACCGCAGCUCAACCCCUCAGAGGGACGAUUCUCAGAGGAAUUCCUUAACUUCCUAGGUGCAUGUUUGACUAAAGAAGAAAGACAAAGGCCAAAAUAUAACAAGUUAUUGGAGCAUCCAUUUAUAAAGCGAUACCAGGAGCUAGAGGUGGACACUGCUACUUAUUUUAAUAGUGUACUAGAUCAAGUGAAAGACUCUUCACUUUUAGAAUUAUCACAAUCGUCAUAACAUUGGUGGACGAGUAGGGACAACCUUCUUCAAUCAACAUUCAGUAUAUAUAUUUAUAUGUAUCAUCCAAUUUUAUACAGGAGACAACAUUAUUACACAUUUGAUGAUUAGUCAUAUAAAAAGAAAAAAAGUUUCGUGUAGUUAUGCAGGUCAGCAUUGAGUAAAUACAGGUCCGAGUUUUUUUGCCAUGUAAACUAUUAAGGUGUUAGGUCAAAAAUUGCAUGGCACUGAAGGUGAAACCUUUUUUUUUUUUUAAUUUCCAUGAAUGAUAUAGAAAAUACAACCAGAGCUGUGGUUAUUUUACUUUGCUUGGGUAAAAUUCAGUCGAGCUAAAAUGGUACAUUGAAAACAUUUUUUCGAUCCCCUUUGUGUUUUUAUUACUUUUUUAUUUGAUUCAGAUAGACUAAAAUGAAAAAAAAUUGAAGACAUUAUCCAACCCCUUUUGUUUUUUUACAAUUUUUUGUAUAUCUUUUGUGAUAAUAUAUUUUCGCAAUGCUAAUCAUUAUGAAUAUAUAGGACAUAUACAAUGUAUUACAAUUUACACCAUCAGUAUCGCAAUGUUCCAAUGUUAUAAUGAUCAUCACGAGUAAUACAGUACACAAUGGUUGCCAUGUGUGGCUUGAAGGGAGAAGUGUCAGCUGUGAAGUUAUACGGGGGCUGUGA